AUGGGUAAUACACUUACAUCAGCCUCGGUCGCAGCUACGGAAGUGAUAUCACCAGUAUUGCAAGAGCCUCAUGUUAAAUCCAAGCCACAUGUUCACAAGACCUUUGAAGGCGAGCCUCCUCCGGAAUGCCCCAUGCAUAAGCCCAAACCUGAACAGUCGACUAAAAUUGUCAGUGAAUGUCCCAUAGCUAAUGUUGCAGAUGGUGACAUUAAUCCUCUUAAUAUGAUGCCUGCGGGUAAUCAGCAGCCUGCACCCGAUCAGCCUUUCCCACUGCCCACAGAGAGGCAAGUAUCUUCAAUCCCAAAGGCAAGUGAUGAAGGUAGUUUCUGGGUGUACCCAUCUCAACAGAUGUUCUGGAAUGCCAUGUUGAGAAAAGGUUGGCGCUGGAAAAAUGACGACUUGGCACCAAAAGAUAUGGAUGACAUAAUCAAGAUUCACAAUGCUAAUAACGAGCAGGCUUGGCAAGAGGUACUCAAGUGGGAAGCACUUCAUGCUAGGGAAUGCGGUAAUCCCAGAUUGCGAAGUUUUGGUGGCAAUGCGACCAAAUAUUCUCCACGUGCUCGAAUUCGCCACUGGAUGGGGUAUGAACUACCUUUCGAUCGCCACGAUUGGAUUGUGGACCGAUGUGGGAAAGAUGUGAGAUACGUAAUUGAUUAUUACGAUGGCGGAGACGUUGAUGAAAAAUAUACAUUUGCACUGCUAGAUGUUAGGCCAGCAAUGGAUUCUUUAGACAACAUUUGGGACAGAAUGAAGGUGGCUUGGUGGCGCUGGAGAUACAGUCGUGAGGAUAGUAACCAGCAGACUACAGCAACCCAGUCAGGAUAGACUACUGUACAUACACAAAAAAUAGUAUAUCAUUUCUGCUAUCACUCAUACUUGUAUUAUAUAUCUUAUCGUUAAUAUGUUAAUAAAAAUUCAGAGAAACAA